AUGCGGAUGGGUGACGAUUAUACCUCCGAAUUAACAGAAUUUGGAGGUGGUGGCACAUACUUGGGUGGACCUACACGUUGGGGGUCCGUUCAAGGUGGACACACAUGGAAUAGAACAACACCACAGCAUACGUCACGUUUUCAACCGUCAUCAAAUAGUUAUGAAGCCGAAGAUAUAUUGUAUGGUGGGGAUCGAUAUACCGGGAUAUCAAGGCCACGAUCAGGAUUGUAUUAUUCACCACCAGGUACGUCGUACACGAUUGUUGAAAGUUCCGGUGGUUCAACGACAGUUGGACCAGAAGCACCACGUCAUCAUACACGCGAAUACACAAAUACACAUCAAUACAACCAAAGUAGUAAGAUGACACCUCGAGGUACCUAUUUAGGAGCAACUAAUACUACUGGUACGGGAGCAGCCACAACUAGUAAUAGUCGAACAUCAACGCUAACAACCUCUAAUAAUAUCAAUAAAAAACGACCAAUUAGUCCGGAACAAGUACUACGAUUGUUUGGUAACAAUGGACAUGUCAAUACUGGUAUCGAAAAGUCAACAUCACAUGCGAAUAGUCGAAGAUCACCUGCUAGUUCUCCAGCAUCCACAACGCAUCAUAAUUCAACACGAUAUCAACCACCAAGCAUACAUGAAUUAUCUACACGAACGGUCACUAUGACGAGAGAUCCACCAGAUGGGACACAUGGGUUUGGAAUAUGUGUUAAAGGUGGGAAAGAUGCUGGUGUCGGUGUAUAUAUAUCACGUGUUGAAGAGGGCAGUGUUGCAGAACGAGCGGGAUUACGACCGGGUGAUUCAAUACUUGAAGUGAAUGGUACACCUUUUACAGCAAUAUCACAUGAAGAAGCACUUAAGAUGUUAAAAUCCUGUCGUAAACUAAGUAUGACAGUGAGAUCACCUACCUUACCCGGUGCCGCAACAUUAGGUUCAUCUAGUUUACCAGGUAAUUUUAUUGUACGGCAAACGUGCUCGUGGAUGGAUCGUCAAGGUCGACCUGUUUCACCACCAUUGGAAUAUCAACGAAUACGACCGUGGCGAAAUCAACAGACGCCUGGUACGACGGGAACAGGAGCGAUACGACGUGUGGAUUUAUGUAUUGAACCUGGUCAAAGUUUAGGUUUAAUGAUACGUGGUGGUGUUGAAUAUAAUUUAGGUAUUUUUAUUACUGGUGUUGAUAAGGAUUCUGUAGCAGAUCGUGCUGGUCUUUUAAUAGGAGAUCAAAUAUUAGAAGUAAAUGGUCAAAGUUUCUUAGAUGUAACACAUGAUGAAGCUGUGAAUCAAUUAAAAUUCCAUAAACGUAUGUCGUUGGUGGUACGUGAUGUUGGCAAAGUGCCACAUUCAUGUACAUCAUAUGAUCGUGGUGGAGGAGGUGCUGAAAUAUGGGAUAAUCAAACGGGUAGUUUAUUUCCACCAUCAUUAACAAGUGGUCGGAAACGAAAUGCUACGUUGCAAAUGGUCGAAGAAAAAGCUCGUUGUGUGCUUCCAAAAAGUGAUUUUCCAACAUUAUGUUAUUAUACAGAUGAAUAUAUUUGUAGAAGAAUGACUGUUGAUGCAUUUGUUGCUGUCAUGUUAGAACUUUUAAAUACUCCCGAAAAGUAUACUCUUUUGACUGAAUUACGAGAAAUAAUCUUACCAGAGGAUCGUGUCCGAUUCGAUGAAUUAGUCUAUCGACGCGAACAAGACCCUCGAUCAAGAGAUAUUCAUAAAGACUAUGAUAUACGUCAUUCAUCAAGGAGAAAAACUGGUGGUAUGUCCUUGGAGAAUAGUCAUUCAAUGUUAAUGUCCAGUUUGCAUGACAUUGGAUCCGGUCCGGAUUAUGGUACCAACGAAAAUGAAGACUAUCGUUCACCGAGUGAGGAUUCUGGUCUUGGAUUGGCCAUGGCAGACAGAACCUCUAGGGGUCCUCGUCGACCGGCUAGUGCGACUCCCGGUUGUGAAGCUUGGUAUGGAUCAAGUAGUACAGCGCCCGGAGGGGUUAUUCAACCCUCUGGGCCACCGAUACAUCAUCGUUCAUCACCUCCUGCGAUUACUAACACAUCUGAUUUAGAUGAAGAUACAACUCAAAAUCAGGAAUACGGGAGUGGUGAUGAGGCUCCAGGAAGAAGAAGCAGACGACAUUCAAGUCCUGGUGAUAGUCGAUCUGGGAGUGCAACGCACUUACAUCAACCAGAGUACGACGAAGAUACCGAUCAGAGCGGUUACCUGGGCGGACUGCGCUCCUGGACGCAGAAAGUGAAAUCUUGGUACUGGGGCAGACCUCUAGACGACCAGAAUUUACUGGAUGCGAGUGGUCAAGAUGGGACGGGUUCAAUGCGUCGUCAUCAAAGUAUGCAACGGCUACAAAAUCGUACUGGAGGUCCAAGUGGAACUGGAGGUAGCGGAACAGGUGAUAUUGAAGAAUCUUUGGAGGGAGGCGCUACAAGUCCAGGACUGGCGACAGUUGUACCCGAUCAUCAAGGAAAUUUACGUAUUACUGUGAAUAAAUCGAAGCCAAUUUUAGGGAUUGCUAUUGAAGGUGGUGCAAAUACCAAACAUCCGUUGCCAAGAAUAAUUAAUAUACAUGAAAAUGGGGCCGCGUUUGAUGCUGGCGGUUUAGAAGUAGGUCAAUUAAUAUUAGAAGUUGAUGGACAAAAAGUAGAUGGUAUGCAACAUCAAGAAGUUGCACGAUUAAUUGCAGAAUCAUUUGCUAGAAGAGAUCGACAAGAAAUUGAGUUCCUAGUUGUCGAAGCAAAAAAAUCAAAUUUAGAACCAAAGCCAACUGCAUUAAUAUUCCUGGAGGCCUAACACUUGCUUUCCCUCCCCGCCAGCGACCCACCUGGACCCGAUAGGGCUAGUGGGCUCGAUCUAACCACAUCUUAGAGUGAACCUGUCGGGAGAGGGUAUAUCAUUUUAAGUAAGUGUAACAUUAUCUUAUGAAGAAAAAUCUGCAAUAUAUCUUUAGAUUUAUACAAAAACCAAAAAAAAAAAAAAUCAAAAUCAGAGCUUCAUCAAAAAAAACCUUUUUGGUGUAUUUUGAAUCAAAAUGAACGCAACAGUAUUAUACCUAUACACACAACAAAAAUACCACAAAAAAGGAAAACGAAGGAAGUCCUUAUAUACACUAGACUGUGCCAAAUACUAAAAUUUGUGCAAAAAAAUAAAAUAAAAAAACCAAAAAAAAAAAAUUAUAAUCAAUGUACUGCAAAAUUUUUAGUGCUAAACCGUCGUGUCAGCAAAGAAAAAAAAAACAAAAAUAAA